CAAGGUCGACCCCUCCCCUUUACAUGGCUGUGUUUAUUACACCCCCCUUUCUGAUGCCAUUUGUAAAGUUGCUCUCCUCAGGAGGAACUUUCUCUGACAUGUGGGAGGCCAACUAACGGGUCGGAAAAAAGCGCCAUAAUGGUCAGAGCACAUAUCAGUUUGACAACAAUACGGCAGCUCAUAGACAUGAAGAUGCUACCAUGCAUCAGUCUACACAGGAACCUGGCGUGUUUGCAUCCUGCUGUGGGUGGAGUUCGGUGGAAGAGCAGUUAUAGACAAGCCCCCCUACUGACGGCUGCUCCUGUUCGUGCCCUCAUAGAUGAACAAAUCAGCAUCAAAGCACGUUUCCUGCCUCCAUGCUGUCCUGUCACAGUGUGUGCACAAAUGCACAGUGAGGAUGGUGACCUGUGGGAGGCUUUCGCCCAUUAUAAUACAAAUGCAGAUGGAACUGUCAACUUGACCAGCGAUCAGUCAGUCGGGGGCUCAUAUUUGGGCCGUGAGCCAAUGGGACUGUUCUGGGGACUGCAGCCGGCUCCUGGUUCAAGAGAAGGUUUGAGGCUGAGGAAAAAAAACGUAGAGACACCAUACACCGUGCUGUUGUCCUUACUGGAGGGCCACGUUUCACCCAGUGAAAGACAGAGCACUGAGCUGGCUGCCAUCUUUACUGAGCGCUGCUACAUGGCACCAGGCGUACGGAGAAUAGAGAUUCGGCAGGAUGGAGUUGUAGGGACGUUGUUUUUACCACCCGGCCCAGGCCCAUUUCCAGCCAUGAUGGACCUGUGGGGAAUGGGAGGGGGACUGCCAGAGUACCGCUCCUCCCUGUUUGCAUCCAGGGGCUAUGCUAGCCUGGCCCUUGCUUACAUAGGGCACAAAGAAUUGCCUGGCCCACAAAACACCCUCAAUGUUGGUGAUUCAUAUUUCCAAGCAGCAUUCCACCUUCUUCAAGGUCAUCAGCAGGUCUGUGCUGACAGAGUUGGGAUCAUCGGCCUCUCCUUUGGAGGCUACCUGACUCUUCGACUUGCCACUCAGACUGGUGUUAAACCAUCGUGUUUGAUUUGUAUCAAUGGCCCAGUAGGAAGUGUCGUCAAACUCCCAGAUGUAGAUGGCAGCUCUGGACUGUUUGACAGUGAGAAGAAAUAUUGGAGGUAUGAUGAUCAAGGCCAUGCCAGUUUCAGAGAGGUCUCUUUGCCUGCUAACAUUGCCCCUGAGAACAAAGUGAAGUUGGAGCACCUCCCCUGUCCAUUAAUGUACAUACUGGGUGAAGAUGACCUCAGCACUUCAAGCAUAGAGAACGCAAACCUGAUCGAGGAAACACUGAGGGCUGCAGGUAAAUCCCAGCUGUUCACGUGUUUGUCGUACCCCGGUGCUGGUCACCUGAUUGAACCUCCCUACGCACCAAAUUCAAGAGCAUCCAUGUGGAGCGUCAAACCAGAAAAAUUGAUCACUCUGUGGGGAGGCCACCUCGCACCCCACGCUGCUGCCCAGGAAGAUGCCUGGAAGAAGAUCCUGGAUUUUAUGGAAAGUCAUCUAAGACUGUGAAUCUGUGGUGAAGCUUGAGAUAGAAAAAAAAUAUUUCAGUCAUAAAUGUAAUACACACAUUUUAUUUUAUGCAGCAAACUUUUAUUACACUAAACAAUGUGAAUAAGAUAGUUGGUCAAAAUCUUCUCAGGCAUCUUGCUCAUGUAAACUAAUAACUCAAACUCAAAAUCAGACACUCUGUUUCUGUGAUCCUCAUAUUUUUAAUGAGUAAAGAGUAUACAUGCUAAUUAUUCAUUAUGGCUUGGGAUGAAGAGUUCAUGGCAUGCUGAGGUGACCAUGGCGAUGAGGGCGAUGAACUCUUUGAAGUCAAUCUCCAGGUCUCCGUUCUGGUCGAGGUCCGCAAAGAGCUCAUCCAGAGUUUCGUUCUCUUGGAUUUUCUGUUCAGAAGGAACAUUUAAUGAAAGUGAAACAUUUCCAGGAAAUGGGCAAUACAUUUUUACUGAGAGUCUAUAGAAAUACCAGUGACACCAUGCAGUUGAAAUGCCAAUUACAUACCAGAAAGCAUCAUCUGUGGAUGAGACUAGUUUGGCCUGAAGGUGGUGAUAGAGGCAUGUUGUUUGAUAAACCUCUCUACAUUUGCCAUAUUUUAGACUAAACUGGCCAGCAACAUUCAAAUAUGUUUAAAUGCAAUUUUCACUUUAAGCUCAGUAAAAGCAGCGACCAUAUUGGGGAUAUUUUGGCUUCAUUUUUGUAGUGGGAGGAAGGGGAGAUGAAUCUUUCAUCUUUAAAUACAGACCAUGGUUAUUACAGGCAUUAUACUGCUAUUAAAGUGCUGACACAAUCAGCCAGUUUUCACACUUUUAGUCCUUACCAUUAUGAAAUGACUCAUCUCAUUGUUGAUGAGUGCUUUAAGCUCUGCUUUCCUCAGUUUGCACUUGUGACCCGAGUAUUUGUGGAAAACUCUGAUAAUAGUGACCAUGCCGUUCUCCAAAUCGGACAUACUCUCCUUUGAGGCCUGCAACAAACAAUUUAAAUCAAUUCCCAUACUCAAUGAUGUGUUGAGGAUGGGAAUCCUCACAUGAGGAUGUUGUGAUUUUUCUGGAUGUUUCAAUGCGUGAACUACUUUGCAACAUGAUGCAUGCACUCAACUUAUCAUAUUAUGUUAUCAUAUUAUGUUAUCAUCUAGGAAUAGUUUUCAAAUGUAUAAAAAUAAAGAGUUUUAUUCAAACA